ACAUGCGCAUUUGCAACGUUAUGGAGGCGUGUUUGGUGGCUAAUCAUUUAAUGAUGACACAUCAACGUCCACAAUUGCUCAUAAUCUCCAUCUCCUUGCUUUAUUGGUUCCGUCACACAGGCGAAUGUUGGAAAUUCGAUGGCGGCGGUCCCGGCAUACUCGACCCUGAUGCGCAUAACCCACCCGCUCUCAAUACGCCGACAUUUAUUGCCACCUACACACAUUUACGUGCACCACGUAGCGCGGCGGCGGUGUCAGCUGCGGCUAUGGCGGCACGUGGUCCACCGCCAGCUGUGCCGCCACCAAGUGGGAAUGGUGGCGUAAUGGCGGGUGGCAGCUUUUCGGCGCURCUAAAUGGCCAACAACAGGAUAUUUUGUAUGCGUGUCCGCUGAAUAGUAUGUGUCAGUGUGCCGGCUUGCCGAACGAGACGUCGACACUGAUCGAAAUCAAUUGCAACGAAGUGGCGCUGUAUAAAUUUCCAGAAUUCAUACACAGUUCCGUGCGUUAYAUUGAAAUGUCACGCACACAUCUGCAAAGUGUCGACGAUGAAACAUUUCAGGGACUCCGAUUGAAGACAUUGAAAUUGAUCGAUAACGAAUUGCAGGACAUUUCGGAGCGAAGUUUCAGUACAAUGACUCACUCACUCAUGACACUGGACAUCUCCGGCAACAAAAUGCAGCACAUACCGCUGGAGGCAUUGCAGAAAUUGCAUUCGUUAACGCGACUAGUGGCGCAGAGGAAUCACAUAACAACAUUGGAGGGCAACUGGGAGGCGCUCUUCGACACGCUACGCUCGUUACAUCUCUCCGGCAAUGACAUCACAGAGGUAUCACCGUUUGGCCUGCAUGAAAACGGCAACGGCUUGAACGGCGGCAACAGCGGCGCCAGCAGUCAUCCUUCCAGUUUGGCGGCCAUCACGCGCCAUGAUGAGCAAGCCACGACGAAAAGUGCACACAACAGUGCGCGAAAUACGCCGAAUGAACUCGGCAGCAUAGGGGGCCACACGUCGAGCACUAGUAACCACAUUGCGCCCAGUAAACCCUUCAGUCGGCUGCAGAAGUUGCUCUGGCUGGACCUGUCGAAUAAUCGCAUCUACCACAUAGCGCCCAACUUCCUGCCACGCUCACUGGUCACCAUCGAUCUCUCGAGCAAUCUGCUCACCGUAUUUCCACAACAACUCUUCGAGCAUCUACACGGCCUGCGCAUUGUGUCGCUACGUGACAAUCUGUUGCGUAGCGUGCAGACGAAAGAGCUGCGUCUGGUGCGCAUGCGUUUGGAAAAGCUCGAUUUGGGUAUGAAUUUGGUGGAGACGCUGGAAUCGGAUUGGUUUCAGAACAACUACUCGGAUGUGCAUGUGCGCGCCUUGAAUCUGGAGAAGAACUUCAUACGGCAGCUGCCACCGGCGGUGUUCAAGGGCACUGGUAUAGUGCACCUCGUGUUGGCAUUCAACGCCAUCGAGCGCAUACACGUGACCGCCUUUGAGGGCAUCACCGAGACGCUGGAGUACUUGGAUCUGGAACGCAAUGAGCUCAAUGCUGUGCCAGGCGCGAUCAGCACAUUGCAUAAACUGAAGUAUCUAUACCUCGCUUCGAAUAAUAUCUGUCAGUUAACUAAUCUGCCGGAGAAUACCGAGAAUCUGCGCGUGCUUAGCUUGAGCGGUAACAAUUUCACGAUGAUACCGGUGCUGGCAUUGCGCAACUACACACAGCUCUCAUACCUCAAUAUGGGCUAUAACCUAGUUUCGGACAUACCGGAGGGCAUUUUCGCCGUAGACAAUUGGGGCGCCAAUCUGCAGACGAUACUGCUGCGCAAUAAUAAAAUCACGCACUUGCAUUUGGGCUCUUUCUAUGGUUUGGAGCAAAUUCAGGAGAUCAGUUUGAGCUUCAACGAUAUUAAUAUACACCAUCCUUUGGUGUUUGAGAAUGUGUCACGCACUUUGAAGAUACUCGAACUCUCCUUUGCGGUCUUCCCAGCGCGCAGCAUGGAGUCCAUCGAUCCGCUUGAAGCGCUGCUGCCGCUCUCGCAGCUGAUGUGGCUUGGUUUGGACAAUAAUAACCUAAAGACGCUGUCAAAUGAAUCCUUUGCCUAUAUGCGUGAAUUGAGCUACAUCAAUUUGGCAUUCAAUCAGCUGAAACAGUUGCCGCGUGGACUCUUCCUACCCGACGUGCAUAGUCACCUAGUGGAGAUUGAUCUCUCGUACAAUGCUUUAGAUGUUAUCACACGCAAUACCUUCCACAGUCUGGGCGAUCUGCAGACGUUGAAUUUGCAGUCGAACAAGCUGAAACUGCUAGAGAAGCAUGCGUUCCACAACUUGGAGUUUCUGCGUUACAUCGAUUUGUCCUACAAUCAGUUGGCGAAUAUCUCGCACGGCGCAUUCACGGUGCUGCCCAACCUUGCUGCCUUGGAUUUGAUGCAUAAUAACCUUUGUACGCUCUCGCUAAAAAUGUUCCAUUUCGUCUCGAAUACCAGCACGCCGCUGCGUCUCAAUGUCACCUACAAUCAGAUUGCGCACUUUGAGGAUGAACUCAGCUCGUACAUGUAUAUCUAUAACCUGGAUAUUAGCCACAAUGUGAUCAGCAAAACCGAGAGCUUUGCGAACCUGGCGAAUACGCUGCGCUUCCUCAAUCUCGCACACAAUACAAUCGGCAGUUUGGCCAAUCACGCCUUCGGCGAUCUGGAAUUCCUUGAGAUACUCGAUCUCUCUUACAACAAUGUCACGACUUUGCGUCGACGCAGUUUUCAGGGCUUAAAUAGUCUGCAAGAGCUGGAUCUCGGCUACAAUGGACUCGAACAGUUACAAGUCGAGCAAUUCUCGAACUUACGCAAGCUGCGUAUACUACGCGUACGUGGCAAUCGUUUGCGUGCGCUGCCACGUGAAGUCUUCAUGAACACGCGACUCGAGUAUUUGGAUAUUUCAGAUAAUCAGUUAUCCGUGUGGCCAGUGCCGGCCUUCUCGGAUGUCGGCUUUACGCUGCGCAGCAUACAAAUGGCGCAGAAUAUGCUUGAGUACUUAGACUCCAGCAUGUUUGUGAACUCGCAAUUCCUCUACGAUAUCAAUCUGGCUUGCAAUCGCAUUACCGUGUUGCCGGAUAGCACUUUUACCUUCCUAAAUAAUCUCACCAAUUUAGAGCUCUCACAAAAUCCACUGGUAACCACCAACCUCAAAGAGGUGUUUCUGCAUACGCCACGUUUGCGUCGUCUGAAAAUACGCCGUAUGGGUCUCUAUGUGCUGCCACAACUCAGUCUGCCAUAUCUGUCAUAUCUCGAUGUCAGCGGCAAUUAUCUGCAAGAGCUCACCUCACUACAUGAGAUGCGUCAGUUGCGUCACGUGAAUGUCUCACAUAAUAAAAUCGUUAAUGCCAGCAGCGUUGCCGAACAUCUACCGACAUCGGUGCGUGUGCUCGAUCUGGCGCACAACCCAUUACGGCGCAUCACCGCGCACGACCUCGUCGCCUUGCGUCACCUCACCGAUCUCAAUCUGCUCGACGUGAAGGUGGUGAAUCCGACAGUGUUCAGUAAACUGCGCUCACUGCGCAAACUGCAUUUGACGUCACAUCAGAAUUUGGGUGAGCUCGUGGCGCGCAUACCGGGCCUACAGGAAUUACGCGUACACUGCGUGGAAACGAAUAUUGGUUCGCAGCUCUUCGCGAAGCUGCUGAACAAUACCAAAUUACAGCUGCUCGAGCUGUACGGCGGCAAUGUGCAGACAAUAGCGCCAGAUGCGCUCGAGGGCUUGGCACACAACCAACAUUUGUUGGUGAAAAUCUCACAUACUAAAAUUUCCGAUUUGCCGCCAGGCAUUUUUUAUACGCUACGCGCUGUGCCACAGCUGUCCAUCGAUAUAUCCAAUAACAAAAUCAAUGCGCUAGCGGCGGACAGCUUCUAUCCGAACAAGACCUAUUGGGAUACCGUGGGCACGCGCAGCAUCAUCGGCGGCUUGGACACGUCGAACAAUCCGCUCGAAUGUGAGUGUGGCUUGGUGUGGUUCGGCCAUUGGCUGCGGCGUUGGCUGCGCGAGUCGGCGCAAAUUAAAGUGAUACAGAAGGACGAGAUGAAACGCAUGGUGCAGUUACCGCUACCCGCACACGUUUUGCGCCGUGCGCGCUCGAACAUGUGUCACGAUCCCACCACGGGUCGUCGUCUGCCCAUACUGGAGAUAUUUCCCGAAGAUCUGCUGUGCCAAGCGAGCGCACUCAGCAGCUCGAGUGAACGUCUCUUUCUGCUCUCAUUUGCGGCGAUUGUCUUGCCGCUCUUCACAAUGUCACUUUGAUAAUUGGACGCCUAGAGUUGCUAAUGUAUAUAAAGUGCUAAAUUAAGAGUUGCCAUAUAAAACUAAAUAUAUUAUAUAAUAAUAAACUUUAAACUGGAAUGGUUCUUGCUUUAACUGUUGAAAGUGUAUGGAGUUUGGAAACUAAAAUAUUGUUAGCUUGAGAGAUAUGUAAAUUGCUGUAAAUUUACUGCGGUAAAGUGUUAAUUAUAUUACGUAAGCAAUGUAAAUUUGAUAGUUGUAAGUAAGAUAGCGUUAGACGAUG